AUGGAUGAUUCAGACAGUGAAACGGAGGAGGCUGGCACCGUGGCCAGCCACCGCGCGAAGCCGCGCAGGAAGGCGCACCAGCGGCCGCAGGGCUCGGAUCAGAUCCGACAGGCCUUCUCCAAGCGCAAAAAGGGCCUGGUUCUCAAGUCAUACCAGCUCUUUCGCCUGACAGACGCCAAGGUGUUCAUGUUUGUGGUCAACGACAAGGGCAGCUCAUGGGCGUACGCGACGCCCGGCUUUGGCGCACCCCUCGGCCUUGCCACGCUGCGGCAGCUGCGCGACAUGGCGGGCGUAGGGGAAAUCGCGGGCCAGAGCAAGUGCCACACUGAGAUCAUGCAGCACCCGUCGAUCGCCGACCACGACCCGUCUGCCGACGACCGCGACAACUACGUGACGCCCCGCGACGGCGCCGGCGCGAGCGGCGGCGCGCGCAGCACGCUCACGGAGGGCGGCACGUACGCGACGCCCGCCGCGCGGGGAGGCGGCGGCGGCGGCGGGGGCGGCGCGGGGCGCGCGUGCAGCAGCUACAGCAACGCGUCGGGCGACGUCGAGUUUAGCGUGGCGGGCGGCGCGACGCCGGCGGCGGACGGCGCGCGGGGCGGGCGCGGGGGCGCGGCGCCGUCGCGGGCGCUGAGCGUCGCGUCCAAGGCGCGAGGGGGCGGCUUGAAGGCGGAGGAGGCCGACGAUUCCCUCCGGGUGCGGCCGCCCUCGGGCCUGUCGGCCAGCACGCUCGGCUGCGGCGCGCCGACUGCGCCCGGCGCACCCGCCGCGCCCGGCGUGCCCGGCAUGCCCGGCGUGCCCGCGUUCAGCGGCCUCCCCAUGCUGCCGGUCGUCUGCAGCGGCGGUGCGGCAGGCGCCGGCGGCGAGCUUGGGGCCCCAGGUGUCGAUGCUGGUGUUGCCACGGGGCAACACCAGCAUGGGAUCCACUUCUUCGCGCUGCCUGACGGCGGCCGCUUCCCGGACCCGUCCAGUACUGCUUCCGUGGCACAGCAGCCAGAGCCGCAUCUGCAGCAGCCGCAGGGGGUGGCGCCUGGCUUUGGCGGCGUGCAACACGUCUCGGCGGCGGGCGGCUACGUGGUGGGUGGCUCGUGCGACGUGCCGGAGCAGCAGCAGCUGCUGCAGCAGCACAAUCACAAGCACCAGCAGCAUCACCAUCAGCAGCAGCAGCAGCAGCAGCAACAGCUCUAUGGGCCGCCUGCGCCCGCAGGCACGCCAGGGACCAACGAUGACUUCGCGUCGCUGCAGGCGCGCCUGGCGCCGCUGCGCACCCGCGCGCCGCACGGCUGGCCUGAGGACGGCGCGCAGCAGGUGCACAGCGCGCCGGCCGGCAUGCUGAAUGGGAUGCUUGGGCCUUGCGGCGGCGACGGCGGCGCGGUGCCGCUUGGGAGCAUGAUGAGCGAGUACGGCUAUGCGGCGUACGCCCAGCAGCCACCGCCGCAGCAGCAGCAGCAGCAGCAGCAGCAGCAGCAACACAUGUACGGCGUCGCCCCUGCGCACAUGGCCGCCGCCGGGCCCUACCUGCGCUUCGGCGGCGCGGCCGCGGCGGUGCGCUUUGCCGACGGGAGCUCCGAGGCGUCCCCGACCGCCAGCAUCGGGCGCGGCGUUGCGGCGCUGGCGGUGGAGUCGGCGCCCGGCACGCCUGCGCACGGCGACGCGCUGCAGCAGCAGCAGCAACAGCCGCAGCAGCAGCAGCAGUUUUACGGCGGCGCGGACGCUGCGGCGGCCGCAGCUGCCUCUGCCGUGGAUGGCGAUCUCGGCUCUCCUGACGAGGGCUUUUUGGACGAUCCCAUUUUGGCAAGCCUGUGGGCCUCCGCGGCAGAUGUGCAGACAGGAGCUGGCCCCGCUGGACAGCCCUGCCUGGCCCUGCCACCGCCGCUGCUGCAGCAGCAGUUGCAGCCGGCCGACAACGGCGGCAUGCUCAUGCAAUUGCCGCAUUAUGGGGUGGCACAAACCCCGGCCCAGCAGCAGCAGCAGCAGCAGCAGCAGCAGCAGCAGCAGCAGCAGCAGCAGCAGGCAUUCCAGCAGCAGUUCCAGAUGCAGCAAGUGGCCGCCCAGCUGCAGGCGCUGCAGCACCAGCAGGCUGCGAUGCAGCACGCCCUUCAGCAUGGCCACCAGAUGUUUGCUGCCGCGCCGCCCAUGCAGCAGCAGCAGCAGCAGCAGCAGCCAAU